AUGCGUGGACCCCCACCACCCCCACCUCCACCACCAAUGUAUGGAAACCUACCUCUGCCUCCUCUACUUCCAUUCCAAGGAGCACCACCUCCUCCUCCUCCUCCACCAAUGCGGGGACCACCGCCUCCACCACCACCACCUCCACCUCCACCUCCACCUCCACCCCCACCCCUUCCACUUGGAGGCCGUGCGCUUGGACCACCACCUCCACCCCUUCCACCUGGAGGCCGUGCAGCUGGACCACCAAGACCUCCAGGAGUUGGGCCACCACCACCUCCACCGGGAGGUCGUGCGCCUGGACCUCCAAGUUUCAGCCCUCCGCCACCACAGGGUAGAGGACUUGCCCACCCUGCUGGAAUGGCGGCAGCACCACGAAGAUCAAACUUAAAGCCACUCCAUCGGAGCAAAGUUACUAGGGCUUUGCAAGGUUCCUUGUGGGAAGAAUUGCAACGACCUGGCGAAACCCAAAGUGCACAUGAUUUUGAUGUGUCAGAACUUGAGACCCUGUUCUCUGCCAUUGUCCCAAAGAAAGAUACUUCUAAAGGAGGAGGACGCCGCAAGUCUACCGGCUCAAAAACUGAAAAAAUCCACUUGGCUGCAGCUUUAGCUAUGGAUGAAUCAAUCUUAGAUGCUAAUCAAGUAGACAAUCUUAUCAAGUUUUGUCCUACUAAACAAGAAAUGGAGCUUCUCAUGAAUUAUGCAGGUGACAGGGUGAUGCUGGAAAAAUGUGAACAGUUCUUCCUUGAGCUCAUGAAGGUGCCACAUGUUGGAUCAAAAUUACGAGUUUGUCUCUUAAAAAUUCAAUUUGACACCAAGCUUUCUGAGUUUAAGAAGAGUUUAAACACUGUAAAUUCUGCAUGUGACGAGGUCAGGACUUGUGUAAAGUUGAAGGAGAUCAUGAAAAGAAUUUUGUAUUUAGGAAAUACAUUAAAUCAAGGAACUGCAAGAGGUGAUGCAGUUGGUUUCAGAUUUGGUACAAGUCCCUUUUGCAUAAAAUUUUCAAACUUUUUACAAGCUCUUGCUGCCAAAUCACCUGCCCUUUUGGAUUUUCAUGUGGAUCUUGUUAGUCUCGAGGCUGCAACUAAGAUACAAUUGAAGUGUUUAGCAGAAGAAAUGCAGGCCAUUAUCAAGGGACUUGAAAAGGUCAGACAAGAACUAGAUGCUUCUGCAAACGAUGGCCCUGUCUCUGAAGUUUUUCAUAAAACUCUCAAUCAGUUUAUCAGCAUUGCUGAGUCAGAAGUGGGGUCCGUAACAAAUUUGUAUUCUGUGGUGGGUAGAAAUGCUGAUGCAUUGACAUUAUAUUUUGGUGAAGAUCCUGUUUGUUGCCCUUUUGAACAAGUAAUAGAGAGCCUUGUGAAGUUUGUGAGGCUGUUUAGAAAAGCUCAUGAAGAAAACUGUAAACAAGCUGAACUAGAAAAGAAGAAAGAGUCUGAAUGGCGUUUUUCGAAUGGUGUAUUGUGGAAGUGUUGA